CUUCAAUAUAAACGUUUACGUUACAAGUCAGAAAGAGGUUUCACCAUGUCUAUUACAGUAGUUCAAUAUGUUUUGUUGCGAAGUGAUUUGUUAAAAGAAUUGGGUUGGUCUAUUGGAGCAUUGGUAGCACAAGCAUGCCAUGCAGCUACGGCAGUUUUACACCUUUACAAAGACGACGAGCAGACAGUACGUUAUUUGAACGAUUUAGACAAUAUGCACAAGGUAGUUUUAGAGGUUCCAAAUGAAGAAACACUGAAGAAGUUGGCUGAGAAACUGAAAGAAAACGACAUAGCUCAUAAAUUAUGGAUUGAACAACCAGAAAAUACAGCCACUUGUCUUGCACUGAAACCAUAUCCAAAAGAUGAGGUGAAAAAAUUUGUAGGAAAAUUUAAAUUAUACAAAGCAACACUGGAGACUUCACAAUAG